AUGGCAGAAUCUCCGGCUGAGCGUCAGCUCCACCUAACAGCCUUUAUGCGUCCAGUAUCAUUGCAUACAGGUGCCUGGCGCUAUCCAGGCUCAUAUCCAGAUGCCAAUUUCAAUUUCAAGCACAUUGCCCACUUUGCCCAAAAGCUUGAAGCAGCCAAGUUUGACGCCUUCUUCAUGGCCGAUCACCUGGCUGUGCUGAACAUGCCCGUUGAGGCACUCAAGCGCAGCCAUACUGUCACUUCAUUUGAGCCUUUCACUUUGCUCUCCGCUCUCUCGGCAGUGACAGACCGAAUUGGUCUUGCUGCAACAGCUAGUACGACGUACGAUGCACCAUACCAUGUUGCUAGGCGCUUCGCUAGUCUGGACCACCUCAGUGAAGGACGAGCGGCUUGGAACAUAGUAACUACAGGAAACCCUGAAUCUAGCCAUAACUUCGGGUUUGAUGAGCAUAUGGCCCAUAGCGAUCGCUAUAAGCGUGCACGAGAGUUUUACGAUGUUGUCACUGGCCUUUGGGAUAGCUUUGCCGAUGACGCCUUUACGCAUAACGUUGAGACAGGUGAAUACUUCAAUACUGAGAAGAUGCACGUUUUGAAUCAUUCUGGGGACGAGUUGAAGGUACGGGGACCACUGAACAUAGCCAGGCCGCCGCAGGGUUGGCCAGUCAUUGUUCAAGCUGGACAAAGUGAGCCAGGGCGGCAGCUAGCAGCAGAGACAGCCGAAGUUGUCUUUUGCAGUCCUAGGGAUAUCGAUACUGCCAAAGUGCUCUAUAACGACAUCAAAAGCCGAGUGGAAAAGGCAGGGCGCAAAAGGGAACACCUGAAGAUUUUACCCGCAGCGAUGAUCAUAGUCGGGGACAGCAAGCAGGAUGCCCAAGAAAAGCGGCUUAAAUUGGAUAGUCUGGUGCAUUACGACAGUGCUAUUGCGUCUCUAUCCAUCGUUGUUGGGGUAGAUGUCAGUAGUUUUGACCCGGACGGUCCAUUGCCGACAGACCUGCCAGAUACCAAUGCAAGCAAGACGAGCAGAGAAGGUGUUGAAAAACUGGCGCAGCAGGAGGGAUUGUCAAUUCGUCAACUUGCACAACGUUAUGGAGGAUACUCCGGGCUAGCAUUCCUCGGCUCUCCAGGCGAGAUUGCCGACGAGAUGGAAAUCUGGCUGAAAGAAGAGGCUUCGGAUGGGUUUACAUGCACCUUUCCAUUUUUACCCCAGGGAUUGGAGGAUGUUACAGACAAAUUGAUUCCAGAGCUUCAGAGGAGAGGCAUAUUCCGCAAGGAUUAUGCAGGUUCGACUCUUCGCGAGCACUUUGGGCUCCCAAGGCCGGAGAAUCAAUUUUUCACCAAAAGUUAG